ACGAGCGUAACUAUCAUUGGAAACGUUGAACUGUGGCGUCAUCCCACCUGAUUUUAUAGCUAAAUCAUAUGAAUGUAACUUAUGUGACUACUUAUACCAUUUCAUUAUAAUUUUAUCACUCCAACUUUGUUUUUAUGUUUUCUGCAGGCUCAUAUACGCAAAGAUGGCCGUAAAAUAAAGGUAAAAAGAACUUGUUCAGUGUGAGUCAAAAAACAUUUUGUGAAAACGAAAUAUUCGCUGAAUAAGUAGGUACCCUGCAUUUCUAAAUAUUUGACGUGCCUAAAAAAGUAGGUAGGCUUUAUCAUUUCUUGGGCCCUAGAUUAUCUGCGUAUAUACCAAGUAUUUAAAUUGGUUCAGUAGGUUAACAAAACGACUAGUUUUGUGUAUGACAGCCGAAUGGACUAAGUUAAUUUCGAAUUUAUUAUAAUAAGUAAGGCGAUGUGCAAUAUUACGUAUUGUUUUAAAUUAACCAUAACCAUGGAGCGAUGUAACUGAAACAUGUCUGUUAGCGCAAAAAUAAAACGCAUUGACAUUGACAGCUUUCGAUUGAUUGGGUAGUCUUGUCAACCAGUUUUCUUGCUUUGUAUUUUCUAUAUUAUUUCAAUAAAUUAAAUUAUGUGUGUAACAAAAACGGCCCAUUUAUAAAUUAAAUCAUAACGAAGCUUGAUCUCUCCUAUUUUUCAUUCGCUGAACAUAUACAAUGGACGGCACUUCUGCUAAGAAAUCAACAUCUUUUGAGACAUUGGUCAUUCAGAAUAUAACCAAUGUAAACGAACUGAAAGCAAAACUCAACGACAUAAUUAAAACCGGGAAAGAUUACGAAUAUGACGUAUCCUCCUGCAUUAAAUCUCUCAUAACGAGCAGCGACCAAGAAAUUGUGCAGUUAAGUAUAGAGGCAAUCGCAGAACUUGUUAAAUGUGAAGAGAAGCGCGAGACAUACGCUGUAAAAGACAUAAUAGGCCCUAUACUGGACAUAUUGAGGAAAGAAACUACCACAGAUAAUGUUGAGCUUGUCAAGCAGUGCUGCCGGGCUCUUGGCAACUUGUGUUGUGACUGCGAUACGGCGAGACGUACCAUCAUCUCCCUCGAUGGUAUAACAACCCUUAUUGAACUCCUGGAAAAGAGCAUAAACAUGCAGUUACAGGAAAUACAAACUUUGUCGAGCAAAUCUCUGCUAAACUUUGGUAUUGGUGGUGCGGAGUUCACAGAGUCUAUAUACCAAGGAGGUGUGGUUGAUCUGGUGCAAAGAAUAUUGACUAUAGAGCUGAAGAAGCCAGAUUUUGAUGAUGAUACAGUGUCAACGUGUUUGUUGAUAUUGAGUGUUAUAAAUGAUAACACUCCGGAGUUGUUGUACAAUGAGGUGAUUAAUAAGACUGUACUGAGAGUGCUGAAGGAAACGUCUAAUGUGGAGAUAUCAGAACUCUGCCUGGAUCAUUUGCAUGCACAGGCAGAACAUGAAUCCGUAAAGACACUAAUAGCCAAAGAAGAGGGCGUACAACUGGUGUGUUCUCGGCUGGAGCAGCUGGUUGCCAGGCAUGAGGCCGGGGAACUCAAUGCUGAUGAUUCAGAAGUGGAAGCUAUCAUGAAGCAAGCCUGUGAGCUGGUCAUCAUUGUGUUGACUGGAGAUGAAGCAAUGCACAUACUCUACAACAAUGGAGUGGGUGAAGUAUAUCAAACAGUGGUGAAGUGGCUGAACUCCACUAACUAUCAGCUAUUGACCACCGCUGUACUGGCUGUCGGUAACUUUGCCAGACAAGACGAUUACUGCACGCAUAUGAUGCAGGACAAGAUAUUUGAUAAGCUGCUGGACAUAUUCGAAGUAUACAACAGCUUCAGCAUUCAAAUGCAGAAAGACCCUGAGAAGAAGCAUCCUAUAGACUCAGUAACAGUGAUCAAAGUGCAGCAUGCAGUAUUAUCGUCUCUACGUAACUUGUCUGUGCCGGUCGGUAACAAACGUGUGGCAGCCGCACAGGGCAGGGCUGGACCAAUGUUGAUGAAUGCGCUGCCUAAUACUGAAGAUCAUCAUGUGGCUUAUAAGUUGUUGGCUACGAUUAGGUUGCUGGUGGAUGGACAAGAGGGCGUGGCCAUGCAGCUCGCCAGCAACUCGGCGGCGCUGGCGGGCGUGGCGCGCUGGGGGCGGGCGGGCGAGCACGCGGGCGCGGCGGCCGAGGCGCCGCGCCUGCUCGCCUGGGCGGUGCGCCAGCUGCGCCACCACGCCCACUGGAGGCACAUCGUCGAGGUGGAUGGCUGCAUAUCAAGUCUAGUCAACAUGCUGGUCGCAUCUCAUUCACUGAUGCAGAACGAAGCCAUUCUAGCUCUCACACUUCUCGCCAUAGAAUCACUCAAGAAACUCUCUCCCGAAAGUCAAACAGACUAUGACUACGAAAAGAACUUUGUCGCCCAGUUAAUAAAGUCGGAAAUCGGUAAGCACGUCACGAUCCUCAUUGAUACCAACUGCGCGAAAAUGCCCGUUGAGGUAGCCGAGAAUUUACUCGCGUUCUUAGAUAUAACGUCUAAGAAUAAUAAGCUUGCUUUUGAUUACAAAGAAGCUAAAGUUCACGAGUGGUUAAUGAAAUUCUCCGAUUCAAGGAAUGAUUUGACCGCCGACAUGAAGUCUUGUAUCUUUGGUGUUUUCUCAGCAAUAUCAAAUAAUGGGAAAGGUGAAUAAACUUUCCCAUUCAAUUAAAUGAAGUUCUCUGAAGAGAAAAACCAAAUGUUUUGGCUUGAAUAUCGAACUGGCCAAUUUUGUUGAGCAUGGUUGAGUGUUACUUGAUUAUUAAGUACCAAUGGUUUUGUUCUAAUUGUUAAUACCUGGUUUUAAGCAAAACUAAAAGAGCGGCCAGAUUCAACUCAAACAGACCAACUUAUUAUUGUUAUAUAACAACCAUAGCUGAUUAUACAAAUGAAGUUUUCCUAUUACCUUAUCGCAAAUUAAAAUUUCUUGAGCCAUGAAUCAGGUAUAACAUAUUAUGAACUUGAAGGAAAAUCCGCCAUUAUGUCAUCGUGAGUACUCCAGUCGUUGUUUCAUCUGUGGUUGCAAAACGAGUACUUAUUUGGCUUCAGUCUAGCCAAAAAAUAUUUGUAGUAAAUAUUAAUUUUCGAGCAAUUAUUUAAUCAAUUCUUAGUCUAUUUGCUUGUGUGAUAAUCAUGAUAGAAACUAUUACAUUUAUUUUAAGAUCAAGUGGUUAUUGUCGCUAGUUUAAUUUUAAAUACUAUUCUACAACUUUUAUAGAUGUAUGCCCGGUUACACAGAAUAUCGACUGUUUAUUUUACCUGUGGGUAUUAAAAACUGAUCCUGGAUUUUUGAGUUAUUAAAACCGGGUAUCAGAGAAUAUCGAGAUAUUAAUAAAAAAAACAAAUCCUCCUACAUUUUUGUAAGCUUUUUGACUUCUCUUUCUAGUCAUAGUUUUAAAUAUUUCUCUACUUCGGUAAAAGCUAGAAUUUUGUGCAUUUAAACUUUACUGUGUAAUGUUUAUGCGUAUUUUCGUAUAUAAGACAUUUAUUUUUGCGAUUCUCUCGAAUUUUUACAUUCCAACAUUUUAAACUUUGCCUUUUUAUACUGUCAGUGUAUCUAAUCUAUGAUAGCUUGCUUGUCUAUUGGAUCAGAAAUUAAUUACAAAACUAACAUCAUUAGAUCAGGAAUACAUAUUUUUUUAUCGAAUUCUUCUCCUUAGCAAAUACCAAUUCAAUUUAUUUCAAAAUUCCAACUCACGGUUCUACCUCUAUCACUUACCAUAGAUUGUGUGAACUCCUAAUUUGUCAUUAAUUUCUGAUCAAGUAAAAAAAUAACGGUUGUAUUAAAACGUAAUCACAUACAAAAUAAUAGCAAUACUGAUGAAUACUCAAAGUACAAUGUAGAUUCACAUAGUGAAUUAUAUACUGUAAUAUUAAAUAAUUCGAUUUUUUAAUAUUUAGUACGCAAAGCUUAUUUAUCGUCAUAGUUACGAACUUAGUGAGGGCACGCCUCUGACUGCAAACCAGAAAGAAUUACACUGUUAACAAAAUAAGAUAUCAAAUAUUAUUUUUGUAAGUUUCAAAAACUAGACUCCUGUGGUCUUUAGGAUGUUAUUCAAGAUUGUGAAACCUAUAUGAACGCACAUAUUUCUCGUUCAAAUGGUUGGUCGAAAAAUACGUAAUUUCGAGUGCUGUUACAGAAAUUUUUAAAAAGUUUACACAUAACGGUGAAUGAAAAGAAAUGUUGCCAUAUAUUUGUUUUUCUAUAUAAUUAUAUUAAGAAGAGGCGUGUUUCUUAUCCUAUUCACUUUAAUCGUAAGAAUUUUGAUAAUCCGAUAGUGCACUUAUUGAAUAGUUUGAAUUGGCGCUUGACUCGUAAAGUGUACAAUUAAAUACCCUAGAAUCGUUAGACUACGCUAAAUAUGUGUGUUCACUAAUGUAUUAGUUUUAUUUUGUCUUUUCGUCAAUUCUAUUAUACAUAUUGAUUAUUAUAAUUGUGUAUUUGUAGCUGGCUGUCAAUGUGGGGUUUUAUCACAUUUCAAUAGAAGGAACCUUGUCACUGUUUUUAUCUGAGAAAAGUAUUGUGGGUGUAAUAAAGUGAGUGACAAGGUUAUUGCAAUAAGCCCAGCUUUAUAUUUACAGGAAUGUACUGAAAAUAUUAGCAUUAUUUUUCCAUAGUAGAAUUUAAAUAUUAAAUGGCAACACAGCUGUAAGACAAAGCUUAACUCUUUUAAUACCUACUCCUUUAACAUUAGGGGGUAUUCUAUUCUGCUCAGCCAUAAGGCCUAACAAUUAUCAUCAAUCAUCACCUUACUGUGAAAAGAGGUUGUUACAAAGAUUUAAUAAACCCACCACCUAAAUGUUAUUAUUUUAAUUAUGUUAAUUUUAAGUAUAAAAGUGCUAUUAUCAAUUUUCUUCCAAAGUUUCACGCCAUGUAGCUCGACCAGAAAGGAGUUCUGAAGCCAACCUUCAAGCAUUAAUUAAUUAUCAACAUAUAUUGUAUUAUUCAAGUUAUGCAUCAAUUUCUAGUUUUUUCACUAGUUUUACCUUCCCAACAUUUUUCUGGUCGAUUUAAAAUGUUAGCAUAUUGAGCUUUAUAGUUUAUUAGUGUUAAAUAUUAAUCUUGUUAAUGCACUUUUAUUGAUAUAGUUUUAUGGACCAAUAUUUAUAAAUUAUCAUUAUCAAUAUGUUGUCAUCAAGAUUGGAACCCAUUUUUGUAUUAUUAUUUUAUAGUCAUUGAUUAAUGCUCAAUCCUUCUCCGUGUGAGAGGAGGCCUGUGCCCAGCAGUGGGACGAUAAAAAGGCUGUAACAGUCAUUGAAUACACUAACAUUAACCAACUGGUCAGUUUCAUGCAUAUAUAUAAAGAUGGGCAAAAGUGUAUAAUAAAUGUGCAAAAAGGAAUGACUAAGCAUACUGAAGUCCAUACUUUGUUAUCAGACUUGUAUUGCUAAGUCAUCAUGGUCAAAAAAAUAUUGAAUAAGGCCUCAAAAAUAAACUAAAACUCAAAGCGAGUGUGACUAAUCUUGAUGAUAAAAUGUAUUGAAUAAAAAUGCAUUGUUAUAGAUAUUAAUAGAUUUUCGCUAAAAUACAUUAUAUUCUACAU